AUGGCCCUCCUGGCUCACACCCUGGCACUGCUGGCAAUGGUCGUGGCCACUGUGGCCAUCAAGGUGGUGCCCCUGGACAUGGCAUGGGAUUCCUUCGAUGACCAGUACCAGGGCUGUGGCCCUGCCAUGCAUGCAAAGUUGCCAGACCUCUACAGCUUCGAGCGCCAGAUGAAUCAUCUCUUUGCCUGGGGCUGGUACCGUGCAGAUGCUGAGUGGCGCAGGCGGGGCUCUCCCGUGUCCCCUCUGACGUCCCAUUGGCAGGCCAUCGCUCUCAUGGCCUACACAUCCCCGGAGGUGUACAAGGAGUUCAACGCGGCCGUGCGCACGGCUGGGCGCUCCCGCCAGGAAUACCGGAACAACUUCCACUUCAAAAUGUUGCAUUUUCUGCUGACCGAUGCCUUGGUGACACUGAGGAAGGCUCAGAACGGGCAGUGUCACCGUGUGUUCCGGGGUGUGCAUGACAUUCAUUUCCAGGCAUGGCAAGGCCAGAGGGUCCGGUUUGGUCAAUUCACAUCAACGUCACUGAGCAAAGGGAUUGCUCUGCAGUUUGGGGCAGACACAAUUUUCGAGGUGCACACGUGCCAUGGCGCGGACAUCCGGCAGUUCUCCACGUAUCCAGGGGAGGAGGAGGUGCUGAUCCCACCCUUCGAAACCUUCACAGUCACACGAGUCAUCUCGGAUGGGAGGAGGACAUGGAUUUGGCUCCGCUCUGCCGGGACCUUCAGCAAAUACAACUGCCAGGUCAGUGGGAGCAUCCCCACGGCCAUCACACACCUGGCAUGGGCCACUGGGAUCUUCUGA